GUGUGCUGCUUUGUAUAUACUGACACUCGCUGCAUUUUUCUGUUAUAUUGGUUCAGCUCCCAGCCAGUUGUGUAUUGUAUUCAGAGAGAGAGAGAGAGAGAGAGAGAGAGGCUGUAGUUCUGAAUUAAGUUAACUUCAGAUGGCAGUUUCAGGCGCCAUGCAGAUGCAGUCUAUCUUCGUGAGGCCGAUGACUGGCAACGGUGUUAAUGCCCACUUGACUAGGUUGAACAUGCACCGACUUCCAUCCCAUUAUGUGCCGUCUUUGCGCAGGAAUAAUGCUCCCAUGUUGCAAGUCCGGUGCAUGGCUGGUCAGGAAAGCCAAAAUGAGAUAAAGCCACCGCCUCGUCCUGCACCCAAGGAAAGCACCAAAUUCUCAGACGUCCUGGCGUUUAGCGGGCCGGCGCCGGAGAGGAUAAACGGGCGGCUAGCAAUGGUGGGGUUUGUGGCGGCGAUGGCGGUGGAGCUAUCAAAGGGUGAGGAUGUGUUUGCGCAGAUAUCGAACGGUGGGAUCCCGUGGUUCGUAGGGGCGACCGUGGUGCUGUCGCUGGCGUCGUUGAUCCCUCUGUUCAAGGGGGUGAGCGUGCAGUCCAAGUCGGAGGGGGUGAUGACUUCGGACGCAGAGCUGUGGAACGGGAGAAUUGCCAUGUUGGGUCUGGUUGCUUUGGCCUUCACUGAAUUUGUUAAGGGUGGUGCCCUUGUGUAGCUCACCCCCACCAUCUUCUGAUCUUCCUUUUGGACAACACUACUACUGUCAUAUUUUAUUGAUUGUCAAUACUACUAUCAAUAGAUAGAUCGAUGUUUUCACAGUAAAAA